AUGUCUCCACAGCUGCAAGAGUCCCCUUCAGGGGGCCCCUUAGAAGAGCCCCCCGAAGAAGGGGGGACCCCAAUAGAAUUAUCUGGUGCUGUGGGGCCCCAGGGGCCCCCACAAACUGUCGACAGUGGAGGCCCUGAACUGGGGGCCCCGGGGGGCCCCCCUCUCCUGCUGCAGGAUGAGAAGGGGCCUCAUGAGAGGAGCCCCCCCUUCAGCCCCGAUGGGAACCAGAGGCCCCCCUCUGAGGGGCCCCCCCAUAUCCCACAGGGGGCCCCCGAAGUAGAUGAGGGGCCCCCACUGUGCACUGAACAGGGUAUCAGGGGCCCCGAGAAGGAGGAGGGGGCCCCAGAGAGAGAAGAGCCUUUCUUUGCUUCUGAGGAGAUCAAGAGUGCCUCUGCAGCAAUACAGAUGGGGGUAGGGGAGGGGCCCCCUUUGUCUUUCAUUGCAACGCCUCCAGGGACUGCUCCUGGGCUUCAGGCUGGAUGGGGCCCCUUGGGGGCCCCCCUCCAACCAGCUAUUAAAGACCCUCUUACAAGUCCCCUAGGGGCCCCCUUAGAGGCCCCCGUAGAUGCCUCUCUAGAGGCCCCGAUGGAGGCCCCCCUAGAGGCCCCCUUUGGGGCCCCCUUAGAGGCCUCCAUAGGGCCCCCUCCCCUAGAGGCCCCCUUAGGGGCCCUCCCCUUAGAGGCCCCUUUAGGGGCCCCCGUAGAGGCCCCAUUAGAGGCCCCUCAUAAGGCCCCCGUAGAGGCCCCUUUAAAGGCUUCCUUAGGAUCACCCCUAGAGGCUCCCCUUAGAGCCCCCUUAGGGGCCCCCAACUCAGGGGGGGGCCCCCAAGGGGCCCCCCCUCUUUCUUCUGUGCUGUCACAGGAGGAGCUGUCGUGGCUUGGGGGCCCCCUGGGGGCUUCUGCAGAUCAUAGUAAUUUUGUUGAGGCCUUGUAUAGCCUUACCUUAGUUGAUAAGACUCCUCCACUCCGCGUUCAGCAGCAGCAGCUGCAGCAGCAGCAGCAGCAGCUACAGCUCCAGCAGCAGCAGCUGCAGCUGCAGCAGCAGCAGCAGCAGCAGCAGAAGACGGCAGCAGCAGCAACAUACAGCGCCGCCAGAAGGCAUGACUCUUUUCUCUCUGCUGCUUCUACUGCUGCUUCUGUUGCUAGGGGCCCCCUGAAUUGUUCAGAGGGCAGAGCUGGAGACAAAGGGAUAAGGAGACAAGGAGAGAGGGGGGCCCCCCAGGUGUCUCCUCCGGAGUCACCGGGGGCCCCUUGGGUCUUCGCAGCGCAGGGCCAGCAGCUGCAACAACAACAACAACAACAGCAGCAGCAGCAGCAGCAGCGCGCGCUGCAGCAAGAACACUCAGUUCAGCUGCUCAAGCAGCAGCAACAAGCAAUGCAACACAAGCAGCAGCAGCAGCAUUUUCCGCAGCAGCAGCAGCAGCAGCAAGUGCUGCAGCUGCAGCAGCUGCAGCAGUUGCAGCAGCUACAGCAGCUCCACCAGAUGCAGCAGCAGCAGCAGCAGCAGCAGCAGCACGGGUGGCAGCAGAAGAGGGCCCCCGUUGGCGCCGAGUUGCGACCAAACAACUUGGGGGCCCCCUCAGUUGCUUCAUCAUCGCAGGGUAUAAAUAGGGGGCCCUCUGGGGGGCCCCUGACCAUACAACCAGCAGCAACAGAAGCAGCAACAACAGCAGCAGCAGCAACAGCAGCAGCAGCAACAGCAUAUGAUUCUGCUUCAGUGCUUGAGUUGCAGCAGCAGGCCUUACGCUCAGGCCUUCAGCGUCUCCCUCAAGGGGCCGCACAGCAACUUCAAUCUUUGGGGGCCCCCCAGCCAUCCAAGGGGGCCCCCAGCACCAGCAGCGUGGUUGAGCAGCUGCUGCUACUGCAGCAACAACUCACCCUUCAGGACGCAGCAGGUGGUUCUGUUGCCCCUGCUGCUGGUCCUGCUGCUGGUCCUGCUGCUGCUGCUGCUGCUGCAGCUGCUGGAGUAGGGGACCGGCAUCUCGAUCUCUCUGCUGCACAAUUAGAGACAACUGCUGAGGGGCCCCUCACGGCAGCCUCCGAGGGACAGAAGGCCCUGGAUAGCAGUUUUAACGCUCUCUUGAAGUGCUAUUUAGAGUUACUGCUGCUUAGACAGCAGCAGCAGCAGCAGCAGCAGCAGAAGCAACGGCAGCAGCAGCAGCAGCAGCAGCAACGACAGCGCCAGCAGCAGCAACGGCAACAGCAGCAGCAACAGAGGCAACAACACCAACAACAACGGCAACAACAGCGUCAACAGCAGCAGCAGCAGCAGCGGCAACAGCAGCAGCAGCAGCAGCGGCUGCUCCAGCGGGGCCUUCGAAGACACAGGGGACAAAGGGGGCCCCCGGGGGCCCCAUUAGCAGCAUUGGCUGCUGUACAGCAGGGAGGAGACCCUGCAGGAUGGGCUGCAAUUGCUGAGUAUCUGCAGCAGGAACAGCAGCAGUUGCAGCAGCAGCAGCUGCAGCUGCAGCAGCAACAUCAACAACAGCUGCUGCAGCAGCAGCAACAGCAGCUGCAACAACAGCAGCAGUUGCUGAUCCAAGCAGCAGCAGCAGCAGCAGAAAGGUCCCCAGGGGGAAGAAAUGCUGCUUUGGGUGUACUCGCAGCAGCAGCUCCGCGUACUGAGGGGCCCCCAAGGGGGGCCCCCCGAGGGGCCCCUGUUAUUAAUUUGUCUCCUCAGGGCCCCUUUGAGGACCCCAUGAGGGCACGACUCCUGCAGUUAGCUGCAGGUACAGACAUAGAUUCAUUUUCAGCAGCAACAGCAACAACAGCAGCAGCAACACCAGCAGCAGCAACAGCAGCAGCAGCAGCAGCAGCAGCAGCGCGCAUGGCUCCCGAUUUGCUUGAGGGGCCCCCCUCACGCCUCAACAUGCCUUGGGGGCCCCCCUCAGUUUAG